AUGAAGUUCUCCCUCCUCAGUGCCAUUGCCCUAUUUGCGUCGGCGACCACCGCCGAAACUAACAACACCUUCACGGGCAUCGACGGCCGCGCUCGAACGUUGAAGGAGGAGGCUGCCCUCCAAGACGAUGCCAAAAUCAACCGCGCUUGCCACCAGGAAAAUGCCAACUACAUUCCGUCCCUUAAAGCCGGAGAGUACUCGACUAGUGCGUUCCACAACUGCUUCCGCACUAUCGACCAAAUCUACGAGUUCACCGAUGCCUUGGUCGUCCAAAACCCGACGUUGCUGAGCAAAUUUGUCAUAUCCAAGACGUUCAAGGGGGCCACGAUUUACGGGUACAAGCUGACCAAGGGCCACUCUCAGUCGCUACCCACGGCCGCCGACGAGUACGACUUGUACUUUGUACCGGUCGUCAACAUUGACGGCUAUAAGGUCUCGUGGGAGGAGCACUAUCGGGCCCAGCGCAAGAGUUACAACCUAGUCGACUUGAACCGGAACUGGCCGACUUCCUUCGAACACCCCAACCCCCCCGCCAUCUCGGCCGCCGAUUACCCCGGUCCGUCUACUUUCAGUGAGCCUGAAACCGAGGGUAUCAAUGAAUGGCUCCUAUCCAAACGCAGUGAAAUCCAAGGGUUCAUUGACAUUCACUCAUACGGGGGGUACAUCUUGUACCCAUAUGGGGACACCAAGGAGCCCAUCGGCGGGGGGUUUGACGAGAAGUUCGAAGUCCUCGGUCGUGGAUUGCAAAGCGCCAUGGGGGCGUACACCCCUGGACCUGUGGCCAAAACAUUUUACUUCGCGUAUGGAGUGUUCUCAGAUUACGCGUUCCGCGAGUUCAAAAAGCCCUCUGUGACAUUUGAAGUGGUGGGCAAUGAUUUUGCUGCGGAAGCGUCGACGAUCCCGACACGCGGCCUCGAAGUGUACAAAGGCAUCAACCAGUUUGCUAAAGAGACCACCAUAUUCAACGGUGAACCGAUCACGGAGCUAGUGCCUGCUACGACUGCCGCCCCCGACGGCUGCAACACAUGCGAUUGGUGUUACAUCCCUGGGUUGAACUCGUGCUUCAGUGAAUUCACCAAGAACGAAUGUGUCAUCCAGAACGCCGAAUACGGAGCUUUAUGGUGUGUGGAGAUCAGGACCAAGAAAUAA